UGAUGCUUGUUCGUGAAGCAAAUGCACAAUUGUGGUUUUCUGAAUCAAAAAGAGAUACCAGGAAAAAGAAACUGCAACGCUCACGCACGUGCUAACAUUACCUCUUUCUUACUCGCAUCACUUCUGCUGACCUUUCUUCUUCAAUUUUCUUUCGAUUUCAUUCUUUAGUUGAGUGCGAUGGAUUCGAGUUCGGGGCAUCAAGAAUUCGAUUAUUUGUUCAAGUUGUUGAUGAUUGGAGACUCUGGGGUUGGCAAAAGUAGUCUUCUUCUCAGUUUCACCUCCGAUGCUUUUGAAGAUCUCUCGCCAACUAUUGGUGUUGAUUUUAAGGUCAAAUAUGUGACGAUGGGGGGUAAAAAGCUUAAGCUUGCAAUUUGGGAUACUGCUGGUCAGGAGAGAUUCAGGACGCUGACAAGUUCUUACUACCGAGGGGCACAAGGAAUCAUCAUGGUUUACGAUGUGACCCGGCGAGAAACAUUUACAAAUCUUUCUGAAAUAUGGGCAAAGGAAAUAGACCUUUAUUCAACAAAUCAAGAUUGCAUCAAGAUGCUUGUUGGAAACAAAGUAGAUAAGGAGGGUUAUAGAGUUGUGACAAAGAAAGAGGGAAUAGACUUAGCCAGGGAAUAUGGUUGCCUAUUUAUCGAAUGCAGUGCUAAAACUCGAGUUAACGUUCAGCAAUGCUUUGAAGAGCUUGUUUUGAAGAUUCUGGACACACCUAGCCUCUUAGCCGAGGGCUCAAAGGGUGUAAAAAAGAACAUUUUUAAGGACAGACCACCCCAAUCUGAUGCAUCCACAAGUAGUUGCUGCUGAUUUGAAGAAAAUUUCACUCAAACCUGCAUUUUAAGAAUUAGGAUCUCCAACAGAAGGGAGCUACGUCCAUUUUCUGAACCGGAACAUAAUUUGCUGGUUGUUUAGUAUCAAAGGAAGCCAUCUUUUUUAGUUUCAGGUUCAUGUUUUGUCUUGAAUGUUAGAUGUAACAUAAUCAUGGUUGGUUUCUACAAUUUUAUUUUCUUUCUGGAUUUCUUGUUUGUCUGAGUCACAUUUAAUUUCAUAUAUAGACGUGCAAAUUUAGAAGAAGAAAAAUUAUAUGGAUAUCAUCAGACAGUUUUUUCAUAGGAAUCUAAUUUAGAUUGUAUAUAAUGUGGGUAAUAAUA